ACUCUGGUUUCUCUGUCUGUCAAAUGAUUUAGCUAGCCGAUGUUAGCUAGUUAGCCGGUAUGACACCUAAAGGACUGACGAACAGCUGAGCCGUUCAGCGAUAAAUACACUAGGACACACGUUAAUACCUCUCUUAAAAGGUAAUUGUAAAGCUGUCUGACAAAUACGUGUCGGAUGGCCAGUACAGCUCUUGUCGUCGGAUCUACAUAGAAAGAGGGACACCAUUCUGAACCUCUGGAUGCGUAAUGAACUUAAACCCCUUCUGGAGCAUGUCUUCCAAUUCAAGUCGUAAGCAGAGAACUGACGGCGAGGAUCAGAGCGGACACAGUGAGCAGAGAGCCAGCCCAGCCCGGCUGCCCUUUGGCAAAAAGCAGCUUCCACCCAUUCCUAAAAAUGCAGCCCCAGUCACCAAGCCUGCGUCAAUGGGCACGCCGGCCCAGUCGUCCAACGGCACACAUGCGUCGUAUGGUCCCUUUUACUUGGAGUACUCUCUACUGGCUGAGUUCACACUAGUGAUAAAGCAGAAACUCCCUGGAAUCUAUGUCCAGCCAUCUUACAAAUCUGCACUAAUGUGGUUUGGGGUCAUAUUCAUCAGACAUGGCUUGUACCAGGAUGGAGUCUUCAAGUUCACUGUGUAUAUUCCAGAUAACUAUCCAGAUGGAGAGUGUCCUAAAUUAGUAUUUGACAUCCCAGUCUUCCAUCCUCUUGUUGACCCAGUGUCUGGAGAGCUAGAUGUCAGAAGGGCUUUCACCAAAUGGAGACGGAAUCACAACCACAUUUGGCAAGUCUUGAUGUAUGCACGUACAAUUUUCUACAAGAUCAAUACCACGGAACCACUCAACCCAGAGGCGGCUGUGCUAUAUGAAAAGGAUGUGCAGCUGUUCAAAAGCAAAGUGUUGGACAGUGUGAAAUUAUGCAACAGUCAUCUUUUUGACCAGCCCAAGAUAGAUGAUGCGUACGCAAUAAGUUUUUCCCCAUGGAACCCAGCCGUUCACGAGGAAGCAAAGGAGCGGAUGUUCACGCACAAAAGACGGCCCGAGGACGCCCACAAGGGACCGCAGGUGUCCGGGCUGUCCUGGGUGAAGCCCGGAUCGACCCAGCCCUUCAGCAAAGACGACAGUCCUCCCCAGAGCUGAGCCUGCACCGCCGAUGCAGCAGCGGCCACAGGGAGGCCCCUGCAUCGGCCCUCAGCUGCUUGUUCACGUGAACUGGAUCCUUGAAACAGUUGGGAGAACUUUGGGUUUAAAUCUCCAUGUCGUUGCUUGGCUUUAAAAGCUUUUGUAGGCAUCACCUGGAACAGCUUUAUAAUAAGGAAUCAAAGUUCAUUUUUAUAUGUAAAUCAACGAUGACAAAUGGAUGUCCCAGCAACCUCAUUUAGGCUGUGAUGCAAUCAAAGAGCUUUGUCAAGUUAGAUUUUCAGAAUCUGUCCCAAAAAGGAGCUGUAAAGAAUGAUUAAAGCAUUCAUGCGGUAAGUAUAGAGGACUACACCAUCUCUACCGCUUCUUGAGUUUGGCUCAGGACUGUUUUAUUUGUCAGACUAGGAAUGUUUUCAGUCACUUCUGUGUGAAUGAAUCCUCAUGAACACCACCCCCACCGUGACCAUUUAGAUUGACAUUAUUGGACAAUGAUUUAUUCUUAAUCCUACUGUGUAAACUUUCUUGUGUAGUUGCAAAUAAAACUCUACGAAUAAAUAAAAAGCCAGAGGAGGUAAGGAGGUUUUAAAUGAGAUGCUAAAUAUCUGAAUUUUUAUUUUAUUUUCAAUGUUUUCUGUACCUUUUUGGCCGUUGGUUAUUAAAGGUCUGCGUUGUAAAUAAUGGAUGCUGUGCUUAGAUUUGACUUAAACUGUGUGAAUUGCCGCUUAGGUUGAUUUAUUGUUUUUUUUCGUUUUGGCAAAUGUUAUUGUUUGUCACAGGUUACAGUUAUUGCAGGUUUCCUGCAUAAGUCAGAUUGGAUUUUAAAUAAGGUUUAGUUUUAAGUAGUCAAAGUACCACCAAAUUGCUUUUUGUCCGGUUACAAUCAUAAACCUUUUCCAUUGGGAUAUAUGUUGUGUUUUAUGUCAUGUCUUAAUCUGUAAAGGGCUUAAUUGUUAGUAAUAAUGCCCAGUCACUUUCAAUAUGCAAAUAUUUUAAAGCUAAGAGUGUGGGAAUAGGAUGGUAUUUUUAAAGUGUGGGGGAACCCCAGGGGGGAAAGACUGUAUCAGAAUAGCAGAUGUGGUGCUGAAACGGUUAAAUCUAUUUAUAACUGCUGUGAAUGGCCCUGAACAUUUUGGUGGGACAUUUGGGCUUUUUACCUCUUCAAACAGAGUUUCAAUGACGGACCCAUCGUCCCGCUUUGUCAGGCAGGAAUGCAAAAAAUGGCAUGUGGUUGAAAUGCUUUUCUUUGAAAUCAAUAAACUGAUAAAAUGAU